AUGGCGCUGCCCCGCGGGUUCGGCCUCGUCCCGCUGCUGCUGCUGCUGCUGGGGGGGGGGCGCGGCCGCGCCAUCGUCAUCCCCCCCGAGUAUUCGCUGCACGAACUCCAGCAGCCGCCGGAGCUGACGGAGCAGCCGCCGGAGCAGCUCGUGGUGUUCCCCAGCGACGACGUCGUGCUCAAGUGCGCGGCCAGCGGCAACCCCCCGCCGGAGUACCGCUGGACCCGUGAGGGUCUCCCGUUCCCGUUCCCGUCCCCGUCCCCGUUCCCAUCGCCGUCCCCGGGCCCGGCGCCCCCGGAGCUCGCGGGGGUCUCGGUGUCCCCCGGGGGGGGGACAUUGGUCAUCAACGCCACCCUGGCCGGGCGGCUGCAGGGCCGGUUCCGCUGCGCCGCCAGCAACGCGCUGGGCACCGCGCUGUCCUGGGAGAGCCGCGUCAUCGCCGAGAACACGCCGCAGUGGCCCAAGGAGAAGGUGACCCCGGUGCAGGUGGAGGAGGGGGACCCCGUGGUGCUGCCCUGCGACCCCCCGAAAAGCGCCGUGCCCCCCAAGAUCUACUGGCUCAACAGCCGGAUCGUGCACAUCGCGCAGGACGCCCGGGUCAGCAUGGGCCAGGACGGGUUCCUGUACUUCGCCAACGCCCAGGUCGGGGACAGCCACCCCGACUACAUCUGCCACGCGCAUUACCUGGGGCCCCGCACCAUCAUCCAGAAAGAGCCGCUGGACCUGCGCGUCACCCCCAGUAACUCGGUGCAGUCCCGCCGGCCCCGCCUGGUGGUCCCCAGGGACCCCCAACCCACGGUGGUGGCGCUGCGGGGGGAGACGCUGGUGCUGGAGUGCAUCGCCGAGGGGCUCCCCACGCCCUGGGUGUCCUGGCGCCGCCUGAACGCGCCGCUGCCGCCGGGCCGGGCGGUUUUGGACAAUUUCAACAAAACUCUGCGGCUGCGCGAGGUCAGCGAGGCCGACGACGGCGACUACGAGUGCGCGGCGAGCAACGGGCACGGCACGGCCCGGCGCGGGCACCGGGUCACCGUGCAGGCGGCGCCCUACUGGCUGCGCCGGCCGCAGAGCGGCGUGUUCGGCCCCGGUGAGACGGCGCGUUUGGACUGCCAGGUGGGCGGCAAACCCCGACCCCACCUCAGCUGGAGCAUCAACGGCGUCCCCAUCGAGGAGCUGCCCCCCUCGGGGCGCCGCGCUCUCCGGGACGGGGCGCUGAUCCUGUCCCGCCUGGAGCCCAACGACUCCAUGGUGGCCCAGUGCGAGGCCAGCAACAGCCACGGGCGGCUCCUGGCCAACGCCUUCGUCUACGUCGUGGAGCUGCCGGUGCAGAUCCUGACGCCGGACUCGGCGCUCUACGCCGUGGUGGAGAACCAAACGGCGUUCCUGCACUGCCGGGCCUUCGGCGCCCCCGCGCCCACCGUGGAGUGGCUGAGCCCGGCGCUGGAGCCGGCCCUGCAGGACGAUCGCGCCUUCGCCUUCACCAACGGCUCCCUGCGGCUCGGCCCCGCGGCGCGGGGGGACUCGGGGGUCUUCACCUGCCGCGCCCACAACGCCCACAGCAACGCCAGCGUCAGCGCCCGCCUGGACGUCCGAGCGGCCACCCGGAUCGAGGUGCCCCCCCAGAGCGUGACGGCCAAGAAGGGCGAGACCGUGACCUUCACCUGCCGGGCCACCUUCGACCCCGGCCUGGAGCCCCGCGGGGUCCUGUGGCUGCGGGACGGGACCCCCGUGCUGGAGAGCCCCGACAGCGACAAGUUCUCGCUGGCCGGGGACGCGCUGACCGUGGCCGGGGUGGACUAUGGGGACCAGGGCCGGUUCCGCUGCCGCGCCUGGACCCGCCUGGACAGCGCCGAGGCCGAGGCCGAGCUCCGCGUCGUGGGCCGGCCGGGCCCGGUGCGGGACCUGCAGGUGCUCGAGGUGGGCGAGCGGCAGGUGCGGCUCAGCUGGACCCCGGGAGAGGAGCACAACAGCCCCGUGGAGAAGUUCGUGGUGGAGCAGGAGGAGGGCAUCUUCUCGCCGGGCCGGUUCGUGGAGCUGCUGACGGUGCCGGGGGCGCGGCCGUGGGCGCUGUUGGCGCUGUCCCCGUACGGGCGGUACCGGUUCCGUGUCCUGGCGGUCAACGGCUUCGGGCGCGGCGAGCCCAGCGCGCCCAGCGCCGCCGUCAGCACCGCCCCGGCCGCCCCCGAGCGGUACCCGAUGGGGGUGAAGGGGGAGGGGAACGAGACCAACAACCUGGUGAUCACCUGGCAGCCGCUGCCCCCCGGGGACUGGAACGCCCCCCAGCUCCGGUACCGGGUGCAGUGGCGGCCGCUGGAGCCGGGCCGGGGCCGCUGGGCCGAGGCCACGGUCGGGGGUCCCCCCCUGGUGGUCCGGGACACCCCAACUUUCAGCCCCUUCGAGAUCCGGGUCCAGGCGCUCAACGAGGCCGGGAAGGGCCCCGAGCCCCCCGUGGUCAUCGGCUACUCCGGGGAGGACCUGCCGCUGGUGUACCCCGAAAAUGUGGGGGUGGAGAUCCUGAACAGCAGCAGCGUCCGCGUCUCCUGGAGCCUGAGCGGGGCCGAGCGGGACCUGCGGGGCCGCCUGCGGGGCUACCGGAUUCUGUACUGGCGUGAGGGGUGGGUGGGGGAGCGCUCCCGGCGCCAGAGCCCCCCCCCCCGGGACCCCGAGCCCCCUCCCCAGCCGGGGGUGCUGACGGUGCUGGGCGAGGCCAGCGGGGUGGUUUUGGGGGGGCUGCACCCCUGGAGCCGCUACCGGCUGCAGGUUUUGGUGUUCAACGGGCGGGGGGCCGGACCCCCCAGCGCCGAGAUCCACUUCCACACCCCCGAGGGAGUGCCCGGCCCCCCCGAGGAGCUGCGUCUGGAGCGUUUCGGGGACUCCGCGCUGGGCCUGGAGUGGCGGCGGCCGCGGCGCCCCAACGGCGUCAUCACCGGCUACGUGCUCCAGUACCGGCUGCAGAACCAGAGCGAGGAGGGGUUCCCGCUGGAGAUCUCCUUCCCCGCCGGGACCCUGAACACGACCCUGACCCGGCUGGAGCCGCGGGGCCGGUACCGGUUGGAGCUCCGCGCCCGCACCCGGCACGGCCCCGGCGCGGCCCUGGUGCGCCUGGCCAGCCUCGCCCCCGAGCCCGUGCUGCCGGUGCUGGGCACGGUGGGCUUCGGGGAGGUGGGCGAGGAUUUCACGGAGCUGCGCUGGACCCUGGCCCAGCCCCAGGCCAACAUCGAGUUCGAGGUGGAGUACAUGAGCAAAACCACGGAGGAGCCCUGGCGCUCCUCGGGCCGCGCCAACUCCUCCCUGGGCCGGUACCGCCUCGGGGACCUCCGGCCCGGCACCUCCUACCGGGUCCAGUUCGUGGGGCGGAACCACAGCGGGGAGCGCGUGGCGUUCUGGGAGAGCGAGGUGCACACCAACGGCACCAUGCUGCCGCGCCCCGCGGGCGGCUUCGCCACCGAGGGCUGGUUCAUCGGCUUCGUCAGCGCCGCGGUGCUGCUGCUCCUCCUCCUCCUCAUCCUCUGCUUCAUCAAGCGCAGCAAGGGGGGCAAGUAUUCGGUGAAGGACAAGGAGGACACGCAGGUGGACUCGGAGGCGCGGCCCAUGAAGGACGAGACCUUCGGGGAGUACCGGUCCCUGGAGAGCGACGGCGAGGAGAAGGCGUCGGGCAGCUCCGGGCGCUCUCUGGGCGCGGCGGGCGCGGCGCUGGGCAGCGACGACAGCCUGGCCGGUUACGGCGGCAGCGCCGACGUGCAGUUCAACGAGGACGGCUCCUUCAUCGGGCAGUACAGCGGCGCCCGCGGCGCCACCGCCGGCAGCUCCGGCCCCGCCAGCCCCUCGGCCGCCGCCCCGCUCGACUGACCCCACCCGUGGGUGCCCCUGGGGUGUCCCCGCGGCCGUGGGGACGCGGUGGGGACAGCUCAGUGUCACCGUGGGACCCCCCCGUGGCAGUGGGGACCCCCCCCCAUGUCACAAUGGGACCCCCAAGUGUCACCGUGGGACCCUCCCGUGGCAGUGGGGACCCCCCCGUGGCAGUGGGGACCCCCCCGUGACGUAGCGGGACCCCCAUGGCCCGGGGGACCC